UCUUCGAAAAUAUGAAUCUCAAACGGUAUACCUACGACAGUCUACACUGUAGUAAGUUGAAACUAUUGUAAAAAGUGCUAAUAUAUAUUUAGAUCCGUAUUUUAUCAUUAUUAUUAGUGUUUGUUUAGCUACACUUUGGUCGAAAUGAAGUUUUUAGUGGCACUGGCUGUUUAUUGCGUCUUAUCGGCGGCGGCGGUGGCAGUGCACUCUGCACCAUCACACGGAUUCAUAUCGCCGGUGAUCCUGCCCAAAGUGCACUUGGCGUCACCAGACGUGACCGUUGUCAGACAACCGUACGUGGUGCAGCAAACCGAACCGGUGUUCAGACACGUCUACUACGCCGGUGACUCAGUGCCGUACGUGUCACAUCACGUGCAGGCCUACCAUCAACACCCAGCGGUCGUCGCCGCCUACCAGACGGCACCCGCGUACGCGCCAGCCGUCGGUUACGUCGUUUGAGCUUCGGCAUUCGGCAGUCGUCGUCACGAAAUCGUCACCAUCAUCAGUCAUCAUAUUAUAUUAAGCACGGUCCGGACCAAGAACCAUUUGUCAGAUACAUGUCUCUGACACUGUCGUCCACAAAUAUUAAAUUUAUGUUACGGCUUAUGACGGGAAAUCAAUAACGUUGUCGACGACAAAUGUAAGAAACAUGUGUUUUCGACAAAUUUUUCUUUGGUCUAGGCGGGGCUUUACGUGGAAAUUAUAUACCUAGCUAACGGUAUCACGUAGCGGCCACCCAUAUAAUAUGAUUUCUGGCGUGUAUUAUUCGACGACACCGACGAAAAUAUAAUAUUAAUUUAUUGUACAGUAAUGAUUAUAUUAUAUUCAUGAUAGGUAACCUACCCUACGCGUGAUGUACGCGAAUAAUUUAAUGCGAAAACAUUUUUCAUUUAUAUUUUAUUUACAAAUACAAUAACACAACAAUAA